UUUCCAAAUGUCAUGACAACGUGACAGCUCACACUGUUCCAUCGAAUCUAAAGUUCAAGGUAGUGUAGACAGGUUGUCUUUGGUUCACUGCUCUCUAUCAGUCAUCUCCACAGCUGGUGGCCGGUCUGUUUGUCUGAACGGAGGACUUUAAACUCAAAGAUCAGAGACCAUGGGAGAGUGGGGUUUUCUGUCCUCUCUGCUGGACAAGGUCCAGUCCCACUCCACCGUCAUCGGGAAGGUCUGGCUCAGCGUGCUGUUUAUCUUCAGGAUCAUGAUCCUCGGAGCUGGAGCAGAGAAGGUGUGGGGUGAUGAACAGUCCAAUAUGAUUUGCAACACCAAACAGCCCGGUUGCAAGAACGUCUGCUAUGACCAAGCCUUCCCGAUAUCACACAUUCGAUUCUGGGUCCUCCAGAUUAUCUUCGUGUCAACGCCGACGCUGAUCUACCUCGGUCACGUCCUCCACGUUAUCAGCAAAGAAGAUAAGAUUAGAGACAAGGAGAUCCGCUCUCGGAGAGGAACCCUCAAAAUUCCAAAGUACUCGGACAAACAAGGUCACGUCGAGAUUAAAGGCGACCUGCUGGGAAACUACAUGACCUCCAUAUGUUUCAGAAUCCUUCUGGAGGUAGGGUUCAUUGUGGGGCAGUAUUAUCUGUACGGGUUCAUCAUGAACCCAAGAGUCGUCUGCACCCGAGCCCCCUGUCCCUUCACUGUAGAGUGCUACAUGUCUCGACCCACAGAGAAGACCAUCUUCAUCAUCUUCAUGCUUGUAGUGUCCUGCAUCUCUCUUCUACUCAACGUAGUGGAGAUCUUCUACCUGGCGUGUUCUCGCUCAUCCAGGCGAAGGUUGAAAACAGUGCCGACUGCUGCCAUUGCUCUUCACCCGCGUGUAAACGGCGGCAGUCUGAUGAAAAGUGAGAAGCUUAGCCUCCAUGAUGCCAGCCAGAGCACAGCCUGAAGAAUGUCAUUUAGAGCCAAUGUGUAAAAUAUAAACAUAGUUCCAGAGAAAACAGGAGGGCAAAUAAAAACAUGACUGAAAUGAGAC